CCAAAUCGUCGGUGGCCCUACGAUUCCGUAGUUUUUUUUUUAGCGAAUUUUUAAUAUUUAGCCUCCUUCCCCAACAAGAUCACUUUAUCAGAUAUAGCCGACUAAGAUGUAUAUAUCACAGCCAAUGUCGUGGCACAAAGAGAGCACUGAUUCCGAGGAUGACUCCCCCGAGAUCGAUAUCAAGGAGGAGGAUAUUCAGAAAACGGUGGAAGUAUCGGGAUCGGAAUUGAACACGGAACCCAUGGCCUUCUUGCAGGGAUUAAACUCCGGGAAUCUGAUGCAGUUCAGCCAGCAAUCCGUGCUGCGCGAGAUGAUGCUGCAGGACAUUCAGAUCCAGUCGAACACCCUGCCCAAGCUGGAGAAUCACAACAUCGGAGGAUAUAGCUUCAGCAUGGUUCUGGAUGAGAAGCCCAAGUCUCAAUGGAUGUACUCGAUUCCGCUAAACAAGCUCUACAUUCGGAUGAACAAGGCAUUCAACGUGGACGUUCAGUUCAAGUCCAAGAUGCCCAUUCAGCCGCUUAAUCUGCGCGUGUUCCUUUGCUUCACCAAUGAUGUCAGUGCUCCCGUGGUCCGCUGUCAAAAUCACCUUAGCAUUGAGCCUUUGACGGCCAAUAAUGCAAAAAUGCGCGACAGCUUGCUGCGCGGCGAGAAUCCCAACAGUGUAUAUUGUGGAACUGCACAGGGAAAGGGAAUUUCCGAGCGUUUUUCCGUUGUUGUCCCUCUGAACAUGAGUCGGUCUGUAACCGGCACUGGGCUCACUCGCCAGACCCUGGCCUUCAAGUUCGUCUGCCAAAACUCGUGUAUUGGGCGAAAAGAAACUUCCUUAGUCUUCUGCCUGGAGAAAGCAUGCGGCGAUAUCGUGGGACAGCAUGUUAUACAUGUCAAAAUAUGUACGUGCCCCAAGCGGGAUCGUAUCCAAGACGAACGCCAGCUCAAUAACAAGAAGCGCAAGUCCGUAGGGGAAGACACCGAUGAGGAUGAGCCGGCCAAGGUGCGUCGGUGCACUGCUAUAAAGACGGAGGACACGGAGAGCAAUGAUAGCCGCGACUCUGACAACUCCGCCGCAGAGUGGAACGUGUCGCGGACACAGGAUGGCGAUUACCGUCUGACCAUAACGUGCCCCAAAAAGGAAUGUCUGCUGCAGAGCAUCGAGGGCAUGAUCAAGGAGGCGGCGACUGAAGUGCUGCGCAAUCCCAACCAAGAGAAUCUCCGUCGCCAUGCCAACAAAUUGCUGAGCCUGAAGAAAUCUGCCCACGAGCUGCCAUGAUUUCUGAUCUGGUCAACAAUCCCCCAGAUGCAGAUACCUUUGAAAUAUGUUGCAUCUGUGGGGUGCACUAACUAUUAGUCUGUUAAGAUUGAUUUAGUCUUUGUUCGUAAGGCGUUAAACGGUGAUAUUCCCCUUUUGGCAUCUUCGAUGCCCGAAAAGAAAACAUUUUUAUAUUUUUGAUAGUAUACUGUUGUUAACUGCAGUUCUAUGUGACUACGUAACUUAUGUCUACCACAGGCACGUAUGGAAACAAACAUACUCUGUACAAAUGAGCCAAAAGUUAAUUAAUUAAAGAGUUUUCAUAUUUUGCAAAGAUA